AAUAAAUACACACAAGAAACAGCGAACGCGGCGGUGCCGUUUGCCAUGGAAGCAUCAGCAGCUCAGAGAAAGCCGAAGAGGAAGCGAGUUGCAGCAGCAAGCGACCCUGAAUUCGAACGUCUCAACUCACUUCCGUGGAACUCCGCACUUCCUCAACACGAUGACGACGACGCUUUCUCCAUGUUCAUGGGCUCCAAUGAACUCGAAGGAGGUUUUCUUUCGCUCGAGGAGAUUGAUGAGGCUGCGUAUGGUUUGAAUAUUCCUGAACCUGGAGUUGACAAGAGGAAGAAGUCUAAACAGAACGAAAAUGUGAAGGAGCGGCAGGAAGAUGGAGUUGAUGGUGCUUGUAGGGACGAGGUUGAAGCAGAAUUGGAUGAGAGCGUGAAGUCUAAAGAGAAGAAAAAGAAGAAGAAGAAGAAGAAAAAGAAGGAUGCUAAAGAAGGGCAGAAAGUUGAGCAGACAGAUGCUGGUUUGGAUACUAAUGUGAAGGAUGAUAUUGGGGAGGAGGACAUUGAUGAAACUGAAUUUUAUGCAUGGAAUGAUUUGAGGCUUCAUCCUCUCCUAAUGAAAGCAAUAUGCAAGCUUGGCUUCAAGGAACCAUCACCGAUACAGAAGGCUUGUAUUCCAGCUGCUGCUCAUCAAGGGAAGGAUGUUGUUGGGGCUGCAGAAACGGGAUCUGGUAAAACACUUGCUUUUGGUUUGCCCAUUUUGCAACGGCUUUUGGAGGAGAGGGAGAAGGCUGCAAAUAUGGUUGAAGAAAGUGAUGAAGAACCUGAAAAGUAUGCUCCUACAGGCUUUUUGAGGGCUCUUAUUAUUGCUCCGACAAGAGAACUUGCACUUCAGGUCACUGAUCAUCUUAAAGCAGUUGCCAAGUAUAUUAAUAUUAGGGUGACCCCUAUAGUUGGGGGGAUUUUAGCAGAAAAGCAGGAGAGACUUUUAAAAGCAAAGCCAGAGAUUGUCGUUGGGACUCCAGGAAGGUUAUGGGAACUUAUGUCAGCUGGAGAAAAACAUCUAGUUGAGUUACAUUCACUGUCUUUCUUUGUGCUUGAUGAGGCUGAUCGGAUGGUACAAAAUGGACAUUUUAAGGAGUUGCAGUCAAUAAUUGAUAUGCUUCCCAUGUCCAACAUCUCUACUGAAGAUAAUUCUCAAAAUGUACAAAGUUGUGUUACAGUUUCUAGUUACCAAAGAAAGAAAAGGCAAACUCUUGUUUUUUCAGCAACUGUUGCACUGUCUGCUGAUUUUCGCAAGAAGCUAAAACGUGGCUCAAUUCAACAAAAGCAACCAUUGGCAGAUGGAUUGAAUUCUAUCGAAACUCUUUCUGAGCGUGCAGGAAUGAGAUCCAAUGCUGCAAUAAUUGAUCUUACUAAUCCGUCUAUAUUAGCAGCUAAGCUUGAGGAGUCAUUUAUUGAAUGCAGAGAAGAAGAUAAAGAUGCCCAUUUGUAUUAUAUUUUGACUGUCCAUGGACAAGGCCGCACAAUAGUUUUCUGUACGUCAAUUGCAGCUUUACGCCAUAUUUCUUCCAUACUGCGCAUUCUUGGCAUCAAUGUUUGGACUCUUCACGCCCAAAUGCAGCAGCGUGCACGUUUAAAGGCCAUGGAUCGCUUUCGUGAAAAUGAAAAUGGCAUACUUGUUGCUACAGAUGUUGCUGCAAGGGGUCUUGAUAUUCCCGGUGUUAGAACUGUUGUACACUAUCAGCUUCCACAUUCAGCAGAGGUUUAUGUUCAUAGAAGUGGAAGAACAGCCAGAGCUUCUGCAGAAGGUUGUAGUAUUGCUUUAAUAUCACCGAGAGAUACAUCAAAGUUUGCUUCAUUGUGCAAGUCAUUUUCUAAGGAUACCUUUCAGCGGUUUCCUCUAGAGAACUCUUUCAUGCCAGAGGUCCUAAAACGAUUGUCUCUUGCACGUCAAAUAGACAAGAUAACAAGGAAGGAUUCCCAGGAAAAGGCUGAGAAAAACUGGUUUGAUCGGAAUGCUACCUCAGUGGAAUUAGUUACAGAAAAUUAUGACAGUGAAGAGGAACAAGUGAACAAACAUAAGAAAAAGAAGGCCAGCUCUAGACAAUUGAAGAAAUUGCAAGAGGAGCUCAAGAUGCUGAUUUCACGUCCAUUACAAUCAAAAACAUUUUCGCAUCGGUAUUUAGCAGGGGCUGGUGUCACACCCCUCAUGCAGGAGCAGUUGCAGCAAUUAGCAAGGCAAAAACUAAGUGAUCAACUGGGUUCAGGACUAGGUAAAAAGGGAAGAUUAGUUGUGAUUGGUCAAGAUUGUGUGGAAGCACUUCAGGCACUUAGAAGUGCUGGUGAAGAGGUGCGAAUGGAUGUCAAGAAUUUGGCAGGAAAACAGAGAAAUGUGGAGAAUCUAAAAAGAAAGCGAAAAGAGGAGAAGAAACGUUUGCAUGAUCAGCGUAGAAAGCAGAAGAGAAAGCUAAAGCACGGUGAUGAAUAGAAUUUUGUAUACAUAACUGAGACAUUAGGUAAAAUUUUGCACCAACCAAAAUUCAUAAGUUGCUGAAUUCUUAAGGCAGCGUCUGUAGUUUCUCCUGCCUAGUUUUAGAUCUUUGAAUGUGUUCGAAUAUAUCGCAUACAGUAUCCUGUAUCGAGUAGUGGUUGUGAUCAUAUGAAUGAAUUUAUAAUUUAUAUCGUAGGAAAUCCAUUGUAAUCUUUUAUAGUUAUCACGUAAUAGUCAUGCUCGAAGAUUCCAGUGUUUCUA